UUGUGGAAAUAUAGAGCAACAGAUGUUCUCCAUAUUUCUUUUCUUCUCUACAUUAAGCCAUAUAUAUAAAAACACCUAUAAACACAUAUACAUGUAAGCAAUGUGCAAGUAUAUCGACGAUGAACAAACACAAAAUUUGAAGUUUGUGUUUCUGAUAUGAAAUAUCCAACAAUUCCUACGAAAAGAUCUUCAAAUAGGCUUAGCAGGAGAACCCUCCGAUGUCUUUCAAAGGAGGUGUAUGGCUUUCUGGCAUUACUGGCCAUCUGCACUGCGACUAUUGGGACUUUCCUGCUCAUAUUCGGACUGAAGAAGAUUCUGAUUUUUGACACUCUAUCCACGGAGGUAUUGGUCGCCAGCGGCGCAUUUUUUAUACUUUUUGGGGGUUUACUUUUGUGUCUUUCAAUUGUCAUCUACCAGCGGGAACGUCGAAAGAAAAACAUCUGUUGUUGGUGUUGCCAAGACAACGAAGAUGACGAGUGGGUUUAUGGGAUAGAAGACGACGCAAGUGUCAGUCUGUCGGGGUCGUCUUACAUAGACUACGAAAUGACGACUAUCAAACCAGAAUCUGCCAGACAUUUCAACGAUGCAAGCUUCGAUUGCGGUUGCUCCUGUUGGCUCUGUGACAAUCUUAAUUCGGACACCAAUCUUCCAAAGUCCUUAAUGUAAUACAGGAAAAAAGGGCCAAGAAAACAAAUAAGUCAGAGAUAUUCCUUCCUUUGAUAAAUUGUAAUUAAUGAAGACCUCGCAAGUUGUUAUAACUUGUGUCAUAACCAUUUGUAUAUGCAUGUGUUAUAUAUAUAU